AUGGAUGGAACCAAUGACAGCUCCCAGGAACGUUUCAUCCUUUUGGGGUUUUCUAACCAUCCCCAUCUGGAGAGGAUCCUCUUUGUGGUCAUCUUGGUUGCUUAUCUUCUGACCCUUGUGGGCAACACCACCAUUAUCCUGGUGUCCCGGCUGGACCCACAUCUCCAGACGCCCAUGUACUUCUUCCUUACCCACCUGUCUUUCCUGGAUCUCUGCUUCACCACCAGCUCCAUCCCGCAGCUGCUCUAUAAUCUCCAUGGACAUGACAAGACCAUCAGCUACAUAGGCUGUGCCAUCCAGCUUUCCCUCUUCCUAGGCCUGGGUACAGUGGAGUGCUUGCUGCUGGCAGUCAUGGCCUAUGACCGCUUUGUGGCAGUGUGCAAGCCCCUGCACUACAUGGUGAUCAUAAACCCACGGCUCUGCCUGGGCUUAGUGUUGAUGGCCUGGGGCUCUGGGGUGGCCAACUCCUUAGUCAUGCCCUCUAUUACAAUGCACCUUCCCCGCUGCGGACACCACAAAAUAAAUCACUUUUUGUGUGAAUUACCAGCUCUCAUCCGCAUAGCAUGUGUCAACACAGCAGCUGUUGAGGAUACUGUCUUUGUCCUCUCAGUGAUCAUUGUGUUGUCUCCCCUGAUUUUCAUCCUCAUCUCCUACUGCUGUAUCGUGAGGGCUGUAUUGCAAAUUCGAUCAGGAUCAGGCUUAAAGAAAGUCUUCAACACUUGUGGCUCCCAUCUCACAGUGGUCUCUCUUUUCUAUGGAAACAUCAUCUACAUGUACAUGCAGCCUGGAAACAACUCGGCUCAGGAGCAGGGCAAGUUUCUCACCCUCUUCUACAGCAUAGUCACGCCUCUUCUGAAUCCCCUGAUUUAUACUCUCAGGAACAAGGAAGUAAAGGGGGCUCUGAGAAGGCUAUUCUUGCAUGACAAAGAGACAAGAAAAGGAUGA